AAAAGAAAUUUCUUGCAUUUGUUAUUUUAACUUUGGCAUUGAAACAUCUUUCAAAUUUUCAAGACGAUGGAUUUUUCAAAAAUUCUAUUCCUUCUUGUUUUAACUAUAAGCUGUGUUUAUUCUUCGGAAAUUCCUAAGGAAUGCAUUGGAAUGGAACCGAAUGCCAUUGGUGUUUGUCGAAAACUAUUUUUUGGAUACUAUUUCAAUAUUAUUACGAAGGAAUGUCAAAAAUAUGAAACUGGCGGAUGUUAUAUGAAGGCCGGAAAUGCUCACAGUUUUCCGACAAUUGAGGAAUGCAUAGAGAAGUGCAAGGGACCAAUGGAAGCAGCUGCUAGUAAAAAGUAGAUUCUGGUGUAAAAACAACGAAUUCAAAUGUAAUUUAAUUUUAAAUAAUCAAUUACUUA